CACCCCUGGGAGCCAGGGCCAGGCAGGUAUAUAAGCCCCCAGGAGCAGAUGGUCACCUCAGUGCUGCUGGAGGCAACUGGGAGCAGAGAGGACGUGGUGACAGACAGGCACCACUGGCACUGAGGUUCUGAGGAUGCUCGGCGCGGCUCUCAGCAUCGGGGUGCUUCUGGCACUGGCAGGCAGUGGGGUGGCAGGCACGGUCCCCCCAGACUGCAUCGCCAACAGUGAGGAACGUGCCCGGAUGCUGCAGAUACUGCGUCACUCAGCUAUGGACAGCGGGCCGCCCAACCCAAGCGUGCUGCUGGCCCUCAAUCUGGCUGGGGACAGCAGCAGCGAUGCCCGGCAGUCGUUGCUCAAGCGGAUCAAGGAGACGGCAGUGGAGCAAGCAAAAGGCAUGUCCUCAGGUAUGGUAGCCCUGUACACGCUGGCCCUGCUCUCCUCCUGCUGUGACCCGAGACACGUAGAGGCAGAUGGGCAGAGCGUCGACCUGCUCAGCAUCCUACAGGAAAAGACGGACGAGGAGGUGGCACGCCUGGAGGUGGACGGCGUCCCGGUGAGCACGCUGUUCAGUGUGGGGCUGGACGUGCAAGCGCUGUGUGUGAUGGGGGCAGGUGGCUACCAGAGCACUGCCAUCAUCCUGGCCAAGCAGCUGCUGAGCUCCCAGGGCCAGCUCUCUGUGGACAACCAGGCCAUGAUGGCACUGCCACUGGUGUGUGCCUACAACCGGACUGAGCUCCAGGAUGUGCGGGACCUACUGAACACAGUGUUGACAGAGGUGUCCAAUGGCUUCCUCAACAAGCAGGCGGAGGAAAAUGGCCUAAUUGGGAACGUCUACAGCACAGGUCUGGCCGUGCAGCUGCUGCUGGCUGCAGGCAAGUUCUACGCCCCGCGGCAGUGGGACUGCACCCAGCCUGUGGCUGCCAUCACCAGACACCACCUGAAGCAGCCCAUGGCCGUCGCCCAGGCACUGCCAGCCCUGGUGGGCAGAACCUACCUGGAUUCUGCCAGCCUGAGCUGCAGCCCUGAAGCAUCCACAACCACUAGCUCGCAGCUGGACUCGACCCCGAUCCAGAGCACGACAGCUCAGGAAGUGCGAUCCAACAUCACGGUGCACUACACCAUCAAAAACGACUUGAGGGGAGAUUACUUCAACUGUCCCAUCACAGUACAAGUCCCAGCUGGCUCCGUGCUGCUGGCCGUGCUGGAAGCAGCAGAGAAGGCCGACCCCGACAAAUUCAGUCCCACCACCCACCUGGCCCACAGCUUCAAGACAGAGCAAACAUUCUGGGGCCCAAUGGUGGUGUCCAUCCACGGGCUGGCCGCCAGUGAGGCUGACAGGACCUACUGGCAGUUCUUCAGCGGCGAGGACGCACUGGACGAAGGGGUUGGCACGUACAAGCCGCACAACGGGGAGCACAUCAAGGCUGUCUUCAGCACCUACUGAUGGCAUCAGGGGAGCAGCAGCCCAGCUGGGCCCAACAACGUGGCAAUAAAGAGUCAUUUGCAGCAUG